UCUACACAGCUCAGACGUUGUUCCUCCCCUUUCACAGAUCUGACAGUUUAAAGAUGGGUGUAAGCACCACGUGGUGACGUGUAAGUACUGAAAAUCCCAUACGUUGUAGAUCAGUGAUUCAACAUCAGGAAACAGAAAGUAAAACUUACUGACAUUCACUGUCGUAGAGGAGAAAUGGCGCAGCAAGUGAGUCUGGGUCGGGAAAAACUGAGCUGUUCGAUCUGUCUGGAUAUUCUAAAGGAUCCGGUAACUAUUCCCUGUGGGCAUAGUUAUUGCAUGAGCUGUAUUAAAGACUGCUGGGGUAAGGAGAAUGAGGAGAAAACCUACAGCUGCCCACAGUGCAGGCAGAGCUUCAAACCGAGGCCUGCCCUGGUGAAAAAUACCUUGCUUGCAGAGUUAGUGGAGGAACUGAAGAAAAUAGGGCUUCAAGAUGCUUCACCUGAUCUUUCCAUUGCAACACCUGGAGAUGUGGUCUGUGAUUGCUGCUACGGGGUGAAGCUGAAAGCCUUCAAGUCCUGUCUGGUGUGUAUGGCCUCUUUCUGUGAGCAACACCUCCAACCUCACUUUGAUGUAGCUCCAUUAAAGAAACACAAGUUGGUUGAAGCCACCUCAAAGCUUCAGGAGAACAUCUGCUCUCGCCACGACGAGGUGAUGAAGAUUUUCUGCCGCACUGAUCAGCAGAGCAUCUGUUAUCUCUGCUCCAUGGAUGACCACAAAGGCCAUGACACCGUCUCCGCUGCAGCAGAGAGGGCUGACAGGCAGAAGGAGCUCGGGGUGAGCCGGGGAGAAGUCCAACAGAGAGCCCAGGACAGAGAGAAGGACGUCAAGGCGCUUCAACAGAGGGUGGAGGCUAUCAAUCGCUCUGCUGAUGAAGCAGUGAGGGACAGUGAGAAGAUCUUCACUGAGCUCAUUCAUCUCAUUGAGAAAAGAAGCUCUGAGGUGAAGCAGAAGAUCAGAUCCCAGCAGAAAACCCAAGUGAGUCAAACUCAAGAUGUUGAGGAGAAGCUGCAGCAGGAGAUCACUGAGCUGCGGAGGACAGACGCUGAGCUGCUGCAGCUGUCUCACACCGAGGACCACCUGCAUUUCCUAAACAACUACCCCUCACUGUCACGUCUGAGUGAGUCUGAAGACUUACCCAGCAUUGAUAUCUGUCCUCUGCGCUUCUUUGAGGACGUGACCGCGGCGGUGUCAGAGACCAGAGAUAAACUGCAGGCUGUUGUGACUGAGGAGUGGGAAAACAUCUCUCUGGCAGUGACUGGAGUGGAUGUUUUAAUGACCCAAGCAGAGCCCAGAACCAGAGCUGGAUUCAGGAGAUAUUCUCGUCAAAUCACAUUGGAUCCAAAUACAGCAUACAGGCAGUUAUCAUUGAGUGACGGGAACAGGAAAGCAACACGAAUGGAAGUAGAUCAGCCAUAUUCUGCUCACCCAGACAGAUUUGUUGAUUAUCUGCAGGUCCUGAGUACAGAGGGUCUAACUGGACGUUGUUACUGGGAGGUGGAGUGGAGCGGGACAGCUUUUAUAGCAGUGGCAUACAAGGAUAUUAGCAGAACUGGGACACUUGAUGAAUGUGUAUUUGGAUAUAAUAACAAAUCUUGGGCAUUAUAUUGUAACAGUGAUGGUAAAUAUACAUUCUACCAUCAACGUAUUUCUACUCCCGUCUCAGGCCCUCCGUCCUCCAGAAUAGGAGUGUACCUGGAUCACAGAGCAGGUUCUCUCUCUUACUACAGCGUGUCUGACACCAUGACCCUCCUCCACAGAGAGCAGACCACCUUCACUCAGCCUCUCUAUCCUGGGUUUUUGCUUCUAAACACUUCUGGAAGCUCAGCGGAGUUGUGUGAGCUGAAGUAGGCGGAAGUUUAAAUAGAGCAACUACAAUAUGUCCGGACUCUAACGCGGCUGGGACUGGGAUUUUCCCCGUUUGAUUUUUUGUCUGUAUUUCUAUUUUAAUUUAGAUAAAACAAUCUUGUUUGUUGAAGUUGUGAUUUGUACGUUAUAUUUUAUCAACAUUUUCAUGACAUAAUGUUUGGAAAAGUCCAACAUUUACAAAAUGUCUAAUUUUAUAUAAACGGCUGUAAUUAUGUAAAAAUGUAGGACGAAUGUAUUUGGAUUCUUUAUAACAUGUAACAUAUAAUUUAGUGUGACACAUAAUGGUGUCUGUACUGCAUUCUAUGUGCUCUAGUUCUGAUAAUACAAAUCCCUUCUAUUUUGUUAAUAUGAGCGCAAAAGCAAGAGAACAGUUUAAAUGUAAACUUGUGAAAAAUAGCUUGCUGAUCAUCUUUUCAAGGGUAAAUUCAUCUGUCUCUACAUUGUAACACGUUUUAGGAAUAUAAAAAGUAUCUGUUCAAAUCUGUUCAAAUAAAUGAAUAAAUCGAUGAGUCGUCACCA